AAGGUCAUUAUGUUGAAAGGCUCAUUGAAGUCAAAAAUUUGUUUGAAAAUUAUUAAGUUCGUCGAAAGUGCGAGGAAAUAAGCGUUUAGGUAGUAAAAAUGUAUUGGAAGUGUUUCGUUUUAGCCGUGCUAGUGACAUAUGAUGGAGCUGUGGCAGAGUUUUCAACAGAAGACUGUGCUUCUCUAGGUUUUAUUAAAGCUAACCUACUUUGCUCUUCAUGUGAUCAAUUGAAAGAUUUUAGCUUGGAACAACUCGUAGAUCACUGUAAGGAGUGUUGUCAUUCAGAUGAAUCAGCUUCAAAAGAAAAGAAAUACGCUCGAGCCAUAUUAGAAGUCUGUACAUGCAAAUUUCCAGCGUAUCCACAAAUCCAGGCUUUCGUAAAAAGUGACAGGCCGGCAAAAUUCCCUAAUCUUCAAAUCAAAUAUGUACGUGGCUUGGACCCAAUAAUUAAACUACUUGAUAAGGAUGGCAUUGUAAAAGAUACCGUAGCCAUCGAAAAAUGGAACACUGAUUCAGUAGAAGAAUUUUUGAAUACUCAUCUCGAUAAAGAACACGACGAUGAACCUGAUUUCUUGAAAACAAACCGAAUAUAAUGCUUUAAGAAUAAAUGUUUUACUUAAUUUUA